GGAGGAGGAGAGUCCAGAGGUGCUGCUGGUGAAGGAGGAGGGCUGUGAGGAGGGUCUGGGGAACCCUGAGGGGACCAUGGUCAUGGAGGACAUCCAGACUACACCUCCUGAACCCACAGAGGAACCAGCUGAGCAGCACAAGACCACACAGAGUCUCACUGAGGUGAAGGACAUCUCACUGGAGGCAACAGGAGCUUUGUGAAGCCAGCGGGACACAAUACAUGGAGAGAUGACCAACCAAUCACUGUUGAUGAGGGGAAUGGAACCUCAACCCAGCACGUUAUUGUGAUGGAGUCUGCAGAUACAGAGGCUGCAGGUCCUGGGGUGAAGCCUGAAAGAAAGGAGGACCUACAGCAUAGCAUAAACAUCCAGACUGGAACGGCUGGAGCGCCCCCUAUAGCAACGGAGGACUCCACCACCACACCAGCGCAGCCCAGAGCCGGCUCAGAGUAUUUACCGGUAUUUCACCAGAUCCAGAGGACAGUUCAUUCCCGUGGAGAUGGUGGCGCACCAGUCACUGGCGUUGAUGAUCCAUCAUGUUCUUACAGUACAGAGGUGGACUCUGGCAACAUGCCCUUGGGUUUAGAGACACAGACUGAUCUGUCUAAAGGGGAAUGGAACCGGUACAGUAGUAGUAUAUACUCUGAAGGGUGCCUAGAUAAGAAAGGGGAGUGUCUGGUUGUAGAUGAGGUAAUUGUGAAAGUGGAGGGCGACGCUUCUCCCACAUGGAAUCCAGAUAGUCACCUAGGUGACGGACACUCACAGGGCAGAGAUUUCUUAGAUUACAGGGAAAGCUUAGAGACAAAUCCAAAUGUUGCGACCCACUCCCCUGUACACAUUCUCAGGGAUUGCGACCCAGUGUCCACGUCGAUGGGGCCUUAUGAUUCACACGCCCACGUCCUUUUCAAUCAGGUAUUGAACGCAAACGACAUGGCUAGAGCCCAGGCUCAGGGAGGGGGAGCCACAUCAGGCAAUAGUAAAGAGAAACGGUUUCUCUGCAUGUUCUGCAACAAAGGCUUCAGCUGCCCCCAGAAGGUGGAGAUCCACCAGAGGGUCCACACAGGGGAGAAACCUUUCAGCUGUACCCAAUGUCACAUGUGCUUCGCUGAGGCUGGCAGCCUGAAGAGGCACCAGAGGGUGCACACAGGGGAGAAAUCCUACAGCUGCCCCCAGUGUGAGAAGAGGUUCUCCCCCCAGCACCAUCUGAAGAGGCACUUGAAGGUCCACACGGAAUAGAAGCCGUUCGCCUGUAUGCACUGUCGGAAGAGGUUCUCAUAGAGGAGCUUCCUCAGGAUUCCACUCUAUAACAUAGAAAGUUACCAUUCCAUUCAAUGGCUUCUGAUGUUUAGAUCAAAUCCUGCCCUAAAGAUAGACUGAGCGAGAUGACGUAGAUCAAUUUCCACAACAUCAAAGAGCGUUGAAGGCCAAGACAUUUUGGUAUAUAUGCGCCUAAAAAGUCUUAACAUAAUUUAGCCCAGUACAGACACUAUGUUCACAAAUGCCUAUUUCAUUACUUCCAUUCAACUACUUUUUCUUCUUCAAUAAUCACUUUUAUUAUUAUUUUUAUUAUUUUUUACCACUUUUUCUCCCCAAUUUCGUGGUAUCCAAUUACAGUCUUGUCCCAUUGUUGCAACUCCCGUACGGACAUGGGAGAGUCGAAGGUCGAAAGCCCUCUGAAACACAACCCAGCCGAGCCACUUCUUGACACAAUGCCGCUUAACCCGGAAGCCAGCCACACCAAUGUGUCGGGAGGAAACACCGUACACCUGGCAACCGUGUCAGCGUGCAUUGCGCCCGGCCCGCCACAGGAGUUGCUAGAGCGCGAUGGGACAAGAACAUCCCUGCCGGCCAAACCCUCCCCUAACCUGGACGAUGCUGAGCCAAUUGUGUGCCGCCCCAUGGAUCUCCCGGUUGCGGCUGGCUGAGACAGAGCCUGGACUCGAACCAGGAUCUCUUGUGGCACAACACAACUAGCACUGUGAUUCAGUGCCUUGGACCACUGCGCCACUUUACUAAUAAACACUUUUAAUGAGAACAUUUAUGAAGUUCAUUAAGUUAAUGCAGAUUUGUAGUUGAGAUGUGUAUGUGUGGUUUUCAUAUGGUGUAUUUAAAACGUGUUUGUUUAAUAAACAGAAAAUAGGACUUUCAUUCUAAGACUUUCC